AUGAAAGAGUAUUGGACGUCUUUAGCUUCGCUUCUCGGCGUUUUGGCUUUUUGCCAGAGCCUAAUGAACUCAAUAUUCCCGCCGGAGCUCCGUUUCGCCUUCCUCAAAUGUUUCAACAGAGUCUUCCAACUCUUCUCCUCCUUCUGCUACUUCGACAUAACGGAGAUUGACGGCGUCAACACCAACGAGCUCUACAAUGCCGUCCAGAUCUACCUCAGCUCCUCCGUCUCCAUCGCCGGAAACCGCCUCAGCCUCACCCGAGCCAUCAACUCCUCCUCCAUCACCUUCGGCCUCUCCAACAACGACUCCAUCGUCGACACCUUCAACGCCGUCACCGUCGUCUGGGAACACAUCGUCACGCAGCGACAAACCCAGACCUUCGCCUGGAGACCAAUGCCGGAGGAGAAGCGCGGCUUCACGCUCCGGAUCAAGAAGAAAGACAAAAACUUGAUCCUCGACUCUUACCUGGACUACAUCAUGGAGAGAGCCGGCGAGAUUCGCCGGAAGAAUCAGGAUCGGCUUCUCUACACGAAUUCGCGAGGCGGGUCUCUCGACGCGAGAGGUCUCCCCUGGGAAUCGGUUCCGUUUAAGCACCCGAGCACUUUCGACACGCUCGCGAUGGAUCCGGCGAAGAAGAAGCAGAUCAUGGAGGAUCUCACGGACUUCGCCGAGUGCCAAUCGUUUUACCAGAAAACCGGCCGGGCUUGGAAAAGAGGAUACUUGCUCUACGGUCCUCCCGGCACCGGAAAAUCCAGCAUGAUCGCCGCCAUGGCUAACUAUCUCGGGUACGACAUCUACGAUCUCGAGCUCACCGAGGUCAAAAGCAACUCCGAGUUGAGGAAGCUGUUGAUGAAGACGAGCUCCAAGUCGAUCAUCGUGAUCGAGGACAUUGAUUGCUCCAUCAAUUUAACGAAUCGGAAUAAGAAGCAGAGCACGGCGGAGAGCUACUAUGAGCAAGAGACGUUAACCGGGUCCGGUUUAGGCGGUUUAGGAGAGGAUUCGGGAAAUGGGAACACGAUUACGCUGUCCGGUUUGCUGAAUUUCACUGAUGGGCUUUGGUCUUGUUGUGGCAGCGAGAGGAUAUUCGUGUUCACGACGAAUCACAUUGAGAAGCUUGAUCCUGCGUUGCUGAGAAGCGGGAGGAUGGAUAUGCAUGUGUACAUGAGCUACUGUACGUUUCCUUCGCUGAAGAUCUUGCUGAGGAAUUACUUGGGAUACGAGGAAGGAGACAUAGACGACGGCGUUUUGAAGGAGAUGGAGGAAGUGGUGGAUAAGGCGGAGAUGACGCCGGCUGACGUGAGCGAGGCUCUGAUUAAGAACCGGAGGGAUAAAGACAGAGCUGUGAGGGAGCUUUUGGAGGAAUUGAGAAGAAGAGCGGAAAGAAAUGAGAAGAAUGGGAAAAUGAGGGGUCAAAAUGGGAGAUUGAUUGUGGCUGAUGACGUGGAAGAGCAGGAGAAGAGGGCUUUGGACAGUCCUUAUGCAGAAGAAGAAGAAGAGAUUGAGGACAGCAUUUGCAAGAAUAGUGAUGAUUAA